AUGGCAUCCAACGACGACAAGAUUUCGGCUUCUCACGCACCUUCAGCACAAGUGCCCGAGACCCAGCCAGCAACGAAUCAGCCUCACCACCACCACCACCACCACCAUCAUGAAGAGCUUCAGGUGAUACCCAUUGACCAGGAGGCAAUCAUCGAUGCUGAACACAUCGACCUCAGUUGGAGGUCAUGGCUUGUGGUGUUGAUCACCUGCUUCGCAAUCACCGCCCAGGUUUUCGUCGUGGUUGCUGCCGGGUCGGUUAUUGCAUUCAUCGUCCGUGACCUCGGUGACGGCGCCAUCGCCGGCUGGAUCAUCCAGGGCCCGCUGCUUAUGCAGAGUGUGUUGUCGCCUCUCGUCGGCAGACUGUCUGAUGUCCUCGACCGCAAGUACAUGGCUGCCGUGCCUCCGCUGCUUGCCUUCGUAGGUGCUGUUAUAUCGGCCAAGGCGACUUCCAUGAGUAUGCUCAUCGGGGGUGGCAUUCUCAUCGGCACGACACUGGCGACCAUCUCUAUCGUUCAAGCCAUCCCCUCGGAGAUUCUGCCCCUGAAAUACCGAGCUGUGGCCAACGGCCUUGCUUUCAUAGCCGGCGCCCUUGGUGGACUGAUUGGUUCCCUCGGCGCCGGUGCGCUCACUAACAUAGAUGCUGGCGGCUGGCGAUACAUCUUUUGGAUGCAAGCUGGCUUCCAUGGACUGACGUCCCUGGGCAUCUUCCUCUUCUAUUGGCCGCCAAAGAAUAGAGAGUUCCCGAGAAUGACCGUCAAGGAAUACAUCUGGGCCUGUGAUCCAAUCGGGUCUGUGCUUUUUGUGGCGAGCACCACACUGAUGCUACUGGCCCUGAACUGGGCUGGAGGGGCAUACAAAUGGUCAGACCCCCAUGUGGCCGCACCUCUUGGGAUUGGAUGCGGCCUGCUAGUCCUGUUUGCAUUGUAUGAAUGGAAGGGCCGUUCGGAUGGACUUGUUGCGCACGUCUUCUUCCGAAAGAAUGCAAACUUUGCAUUGUCCGUCUUCGCCUUUACGGUGGAGGGAUGGAUCUUUUACAGCGCAGUGAAUUCGAUUGUGCCGCAGAUCAUCCUCAACCUCGGGUUCGAGACAAACUCGUGGAGGAUUUCUGUUCGACAGCUUAGCUACACGGUAGUGACUAUGGUCGCGUCCAUACCGAUUACCUGGUAUUCCACUCGCUUCAAGGAUCUCAGGUCGCCUCUAGUCGUCACCUUUGUCAUUUUUCUCGUCGUUUCCAUCUGCUACGCAACCAUCAGGCCGUCCUGGAACACCCCGCAGAUCGUCUUCGCUGUUCUCGCCGGCAUCGGGCAGUCCGGCCCCCUCACGCUCCUGGUCGCCUGCGUGCAGUUCACCGCCCCGCACGCAUUCCUGUCCACAGCCACGGGGCUGGCCUUCUCGGCGCGCGCCAUCGGAGGUGCCUUUGGCUCCGCCGUCCUCGACGCCAUCAUCAAGGGCCGCCUGGACUCCCACUACGCGCCUGCCGUCACGCAGGCCGCUCUCGACGCCGGACUGCCGGCGGCAUCCGUGCCGGCGCUGCUCAAGGCUCUCGCGGCCGGCGAGUUCGCCGGCGUGGACGGCGCCACGGCAGCUGUCUGGACGGCGGCUGGAGAGGCGAGCAAGUGGGAAUAUGCCCAUGCGUACCGACUCGCCUGGGCGAGCAUCAUCCCAUUCGUGGCGCUGGCUGUCGUGGCCGUCGCCUUCCUCAAAGGCGUCAAGGAGUUGAUGACCGAGAAGGUAGAGGCGACGGUAGAGCAUGUCCCCGAAGUCAGCGAUGCCAAGGGGGCGUAA